GGAGAGGAGGUCCACUUCGGAAUGGCGGUCAAUGGGGAGGCAAAGGGUGACGUCGGCGCGGUCAGCGGAGCUUCUUCAUCGGCUCCGUCUCCGCAGGGCUCGUCGCUGGUUGAACGUGACAGCGCCGGGGGUUUCCAGCUGACGUCCAUCGCGCGGAAGGCGGACCCCUCGGACCUGGUGGCUCUGGCUGAGGAAGUGCAGAAGGCGGAUGAUUUUGUCCGAGCGAAUGCCUGCAACAGAUUGACGGUCAUAGCAGAACAAAUCCGCUACCUGCAGGAACAAGCCCGGAAGGUUUUACAGGAGGCAGUCAAAGACACGGACUUGCACCACGUUUCCUGCAACUUUGUGAAGAGGCCUGGAAACGUUUACUACCUGUAUCGACGGGCAAGUGGGCAGAGAUAUUUCUCCAUCUUAUCGCCUAAGGAAUGGGGCCCCAGCUGCCCCAGCGAGUUCCUCGGGGCUUUCAAACUGCAGCCCGACCUGUCCUGGACCCCUGCGGGGGACAUCGAGAAGCGAGAUGCUGAGCUGAACGUCCUGGAGAAGCUGCUGAGUCACCAGUCCUCUCUCCCGCCGUGCAGCGAGCCGAAUUUCCAGGGCCUGACCGCGUGAAGCCUCUUUGGCAGACCCUGGGCGGGAUCCACCUAGAAAGAGGCAUCCGAAGUCAAUGGAGAUGCUUGCUAGACAGCAGCCCAAGAUACGUGUUCUGUUGCCAAAUCUGCAGUGACCGGGAAUUUUUCUCUGCCUGCUUCUUUGUGUUGACCUUGUUUUAAUCUUGCCUUUCCUCCAAGAACCACAGGGAGGCACCCAUGGGUUCUCCAUUUUGCCAUUACAACGAACCUGUAAGGUGCAGUAGGCUGGAAGAGGGAGGGAACGAAGUAUAGACCAUGCUGGCACUCAUGGUAGUUUUAUGGAAUCAUAGAGUUGGAAGAGACCCCAAGGGCCAUCAAGUCCAACGCCCUGCAAUGCAGGAACACACAAUCAAAGCACUUAGUAUUUGAAUAUAAUAGUGAAGUAACUGUGCACUUGAGUUGUGAUAGCAGAACAGGGGAAAAAUCAGAAUGAUGCUUGCAAACCUGUCUAAGGCUUAGAACACUUUCUAAGGCUAAGAACACUGGGAGUAAGCCCCAUUGACUGAAAUAGGACUUACUUCUGAGUGUACCUUAGAAUUGCUUAGAAUUGCUUAGAAUUGCUCCCUAAGGCAACACAACAGCGUAGAAAAGACUUUACCCAUAAGAACAGUCCCCUCUUGGGUUGACCCAUUUCCCUGCAGCUUUGACCCAUUUGGGUUGACCCAUUUCACUGCAGAAAUGCCCUCCUGAGCAAUCUUGUUUUUGCAGGUUUUUGUGAAAUGCCUCUCCAAGCUCCUUGGAGGAAGGGUGAGAUAAAAACGUAGUAGAUCGAGAUCAAAUCCCUGAGUCACUCAAAGGGAUUACUUUUCAUCGUAUUAAAUGCUGCGUCUGAUGCUGGUUGCUUCUGCAAAUCCACAAUGAAACAGGUUCUGCUGUGUAUUACAUCCUGAUGGAAUAAAAGUGAAUGUCACGGGUA